AUGGAUUCAAUUCUUCAUAAAGACGUGUUUACUGUUAGUCAGUCCUUAGAAGAUGAACUGGCUACCAAAGGCUUUGCAAAGGAAACCCCCUUAGUCUCUUCCCUCGCUACCGAACUCGAUUCCGCAAAGAGCCCUAUUCCUGAUUACAGCAAUACUUCUUCCUUACCUUCUCGUCACCACUCUACUCCCAGUGUCAGCACUCUCUACGACUCUGGUCGAAUCCACCUUUCCCCUGACGAGCCUGUAGAUGCGUUUGAGGUACUCGAACAACAAUUGGGCGACCUUUCUUCUGCUGUAUGGGAAACAAAGACUCUUCAUAAGAGACUGUUCAAUACACUUCUUUCACAAAGUGAGGAACACAAGGAUGGUUUUGCGCAAUCACUUGAGCUGGCUAUCAGUUACGUCGAGCGUGGAUCGCGCGACCGUGAGCGCCAGACUAGUGACCUUCGGACCAUGGCUUUAUCGAUUCGGAAGGAGGGGAUGCAAAUGUCCAUAAAGGACAUUCGUGACCUGGAGGUGUUGAUGAGUGGAGUACGGGCUACAUUGCACGACCAAAUAUACUUAUAUGAAAACCCAGUUCCUACUCUACAUACACUUGACAUGGACACAAUGUCGGUGAUUGAGUCAAUGGAGGAACUCAAAGAACACAUGUAUGUCAACAAAAAACAGGCCCAGGAACUGAACUCGCGUCUUCGCCUUAUUGGUCGAAUGGUGCACGAGGUGCGCAAAGAAAAUAGACGCACAGACAAGGUUUUGGAAGCUCAAGAUGAUGAGAUUAUUGAAAGAGAUGUACAUCUACGAGCCAAGGCUAUUAUACAGGAUCUCGAUGAUUUGGAUGCUCAGAGUACAAAGGAUAUUAAAAGUAUGCAAGUAUUCUGGCAAGAUGUAGCCAGUGGACUAUAA